GUUAUGCUAGAAGAAGAAAACAAAAACAGUUUCAUACUCAACAUCAAUUUAAGAGAGAAUAAAAUCUGUUUUAGUUUUAUCAGACCUGGCUGUAGGUUUCCAUUUCCGGGAAUCUGCUUCCACGUGAUUGUGAACAUUUAAAGCUGCGUGCUCAACAACGUCAUAUCAUUUAUAUGCCAGCGAAGACAAAGCAGCAGCAAAAACCAACCCUAACUUAGAGAACUACAGAGUUGAGGAAACAGCUGAAUGAUGAGUGCUGCUAAGAGUCAAACAACACUGAUGUCAAAACUGGAGGCCCUGCAGUGCCACUUCACCUGGGGUCUGGAUCCCAGCAAGACCAAACUCUUACGUCUCAGGGACAAACUGGUGGACAUCGGCACGGAGGAGGGUAACAGCUGGCUGGGUUCCAUUUACAACCUGCGGGGCUUCAUUCAGUACCAGCUCAGGGCCAAUGAAGACGCCCAGAGUUUCUUCAACAAGGCUGCAGAGGUCUUCCGCCAGAUGAGAAAAGCAGAUGACGGUCCCUGGCUAGUGGUGAACGACGGGAACCUGGCUUGGCUGCACCACCACCUGGGAGACCAAGCAGAGAGCGAGGUUUACCUGUCAAAGGUCGACGCCCUGAUGAAGAAAUACCCGGCUCCAUCUCAGGACGAGCUCCAUGCAGAGAUCUACGCUGAAAAAGCCUGGACCCUGAUGAACUUCAGCACAGACAGAGAGCUGGUUGCAGAUUACUUCCAGAAAGCCAUCAGGAUGCAGCCGGACAUGGUGGAGUGGAACACCACUCACGUCAUAGGGUUAGUGAGUGCUUUUAAGCACAGCGACACAGGGCUGGAGGCCGACAUCUUGGAGGAAAUGAGAGCCGCCAAGGAACAGGAUCCUGAGAACUUGUAUCUCGCUGCUAAAUACCUUGAGCAACGUGCAAAGAAAGGAGAAGAAGUUAAGGAUGAAGCACGUGAGUUAGCCGGGAAGAUUAUGAGAAAUCCCGUCAGCAGCUACAGUGGUAUGAAAGCAAUACUAAGGGUUUACAGAAACUACGUAUCUGUUGAUGAGGCCAUUGAUUUGGCAGAGCAGGCUCUGAAAAACCAUCCAGAUGAGCGUUAUCUGAAGAGAUGUGUUGCACUCUGUCUCAAAUGGAAAAUCAUUUUUUACAGCGACAAUCGCCCAAAGCAAAGCACUGUUGACAGAGCGAUCGUUCUCCACAAGGAGGUGAUUUCUCUUUACCCGAAUUCCUCGCUUAUGAAAAAAGUAGACCUCGCAAAUAUAUACGCAAAGUCCAAUCACAGCCAGGCUAAAGCUCAGCAGAUGUACCAGGAACUGCUAAAAAGUGAUCUGGAACCUGCAGAGAAACAGCUGCUGUACAACAGCUACGCAAGAUAUUUAAACUUUGAUCUACAGGAUCGCAACAAGUCAGUACAAUAUCACAUGAAGGCGGCAGAGAUACCGCUGAAAUCCUUCUUUCGUGGGAACAGCAUCAAAGUUCUGGAGAAGAUUAAAAGUAGAGGCAGGAACCGAAUGUCUAGAGAAAUAGAGGUGUUUCUGGAAAACCUUCAAGAGCCAUAGUGGGUUUGGACUCCUACUUGUCCUUAAUCUGGAAAAAAAUUAAAGGUAUUGCAUUACCUUAAAAAACUGUAAAUACUUAUUAAUUGAGCUUUAUCCUUUAAAGGGAGGUUGUCUGCCAGUUUUUACACUUAAGUAGUUCAUGGAAGACAAAGGCUUUAAAAAAAAUAAUAUCUAAAAACCUAUAUAUUUGUCUGAAUAAGUAAACUCAAUUUGCAUGACAGGCUGAGCCAUUCAAUAACGCUGGUCUUUUGAAUAACAUCCACUGUGGACAUGUCUAAAUGUCAUUACCAUAAUUCAAAAUCACUUGUUUAUUACGUUAGAUUUGUAUUAGAUGUUGUUUUUAUUAUAUUCCUGUUGUGUGUUUCUCUCCUCUAAGCACAUUAUUUUUAAGUUUAUGUAAGAACAUAAGGCACUAUAUUAAAUCGAGUAGUGUAUGGAAAUAUAAAAUUAUGUAAUGAUGUUAUAGUUAAUUUGAUGGAGCCUGUAACAGCCAGAUGCAACUGAUUGUAUGUAUCGAAAGUUUUUCAAACUGUGUAUCAGUAGUACUGAGUAUUGCCUACUUAUACUAUUAAAUAUACCAUGAUUUUCAA